AACUACCUUAGUUGAUGCUCACUGAAAGCCAUGCGGAUUUGAAAUGGCUGAUACACUUUAGUUUGUAGCUAAGUUCUAUCGAUCCUCUCACAAGCCACAGACGUCAUACCAGGAGGGAUUGAGACUAAGCUAUCUCCUUGGGACCUUUCGGCUAAAAUACAGCUGUCUGUACUUUAGUGCAGCUGGAAGAAAAUCAUCAAAAAAAGUGAGCUUGGCAAGUAACAAGUUUGUAUAGCUAUAAAAGACGAUGGAAUCGAAUUUCUCCGUGACUCUCUCCACCAACGCCAGCUACAAACCUGUGGAGGUGUUUACACAGAGAGUGUUCAAGGGAAGCACAGAGCACCUCGUCAAGUGGUGUCUCUCAGAGGACAAAAGACUCACCAACACGGCCAAUUCUCUCAAGACAUCUCGUGAUGGACUCUGUCAAGAGUAUACGGUGUGGAUGAGGGAGGAGGAGAUGAGUGCGUGCUGUCCACAGCUGCUCUCCAUGGAGAUAGUGAGGCCAUCUCAGGGAGAGACCAAGCUCACAGAAGAGCCCUCCCACGAGGAAGAGCCCCUCACUGAAAUGAAGGAUGACAUAAACAACCUCAUCUCUCGUGCUAAGAGAUUGUCCACCCUCCCCUCUAGCGGCAAGAUGCUCUCAAACACCCUCAACAUCCUUAGUGCCUAUGCCAACAUCGGAGCAUUAGCCAACACUUUUCGAGAGAGCGGAGCCCUCGAUCUUCUUAUCACUCUUUUGGCCACCAAAGAUAGUACUGCCCAUAAGAGUGCUGGAAACAUGCUACGCUCUUUGACGACCUUUGACCUCUCUAGUCGAGCAUACGUACUACUGCACCUGUCAAAGAUUGACUCCUCCCAGUUAACGUCUGUACAGGGACGUCAGAUGCUUCUCGAUCUGUUCUCUGAGACUGCCUCCUCUGGAGAAAGUGAAGCCCUACUGAGGGGAAUUACCCUACCACAGGUCCCUGGUCGCUACGUUUUCUCACUGCUCAAGAAAUACCUGAGAGUCAACUCGAUGACUGCCAACUCACAAAGUAGAGACUUUGACCCUAGUAGUUUCAACUCCAAGCCCUCUGAGUUUGAGAAGUUCUUUGCUCUGGAUCAGCUCGUGAGUGAACUGUUCACGUUCUUUGGCUGGUUCGAGGGCUCCAUCGAUCGAGAAGGAAAUGAGCCAGUCAAGACUAUGAAGGGCGUCUCCAUCUUUGCCGGCACUCUACCAGUAGAGGAGAAGGUACGUGUGUGUGUGUGUGUGUGUGUUGUGUGUGUGUGUGUGUGUGUGUGUGCGUGUGCGUGCGCGUGCGCGUGCGUACGUGUGUGCGUGUGCGUACGUACGUGUACGUGUGUGUGUGUGUGUGUGUGUGUGUGGUGUAUCAGGCAAUAUACGUAGCUUCUAUGCACUUAAAAAAAAAGGGUUUAGGAAUAAUGAGUAGAAAAUGUGAUUAUACUCUAACUGACCUGCUGUUUCGUUACUGACUUGUGUAGUAGAUUUUACGAUUCUCCUUAAUUACUUCAUCCCUAUACAGUAGCAGCCAAUAUAAAGUACCCGUUCCGUUUACGUAGUACGUCCAUAGUACGCUGGUACGUUGCAAAAUAAACGCUAAAAGUACGGUCAAGAUACGCUACGUACCGUUGUGUGUUUUUUUCUAAUCAACCGUUGUUAAAUUUUCCUUCGGCCACACCCAUGCAGCUCUGCACGCGCGCAGCUAGCUAGCUAGAACUUUUGCAGCAGUUAGCUUUUAGAUAUUAUAGCUAGCUAGCUAGCGUUUUUUAACCUUGUAGAACAGAGAUAGAACUCAUAUAGAGACUAUAGACUACAGACAUCCUUUUUGAUGAGAAAGUUGAAGAAGAACUUGUGAAAGGUGCGUUUUAUGUCUUUGUUGUAGAUCUAGAGCUAGGCUUACAGCUAGGCCCAGGCAAAUUAUGCUCCUUUUUCUGCCUAUUACACUGCAAAAAAUUUUAUUUGAAACUACAUUGCAUAGUCGUUUUAACACUAUUCUUAAACAGUUGAAUCAACUUAAUAUUUAGUAAAAUAAAAAGACAACGUUAAAAUAAUCAGUAUAUGUGGUUUUAACUUAAAAUAUUGUAGAAUCACACAAUGUCUUUUAUUUCUACAAUAAUUUACAUAGAAUCUAUUAUUGAUAUCUUAAAUCAAACUAACAAACUCAUUUUGAUUAAAUUAUAUUUGAAACUCUAUCAUGCAGCAUGUUAGAAUACAAUAUAUAAAUUUAGAUUUAACAAUAAUAAUAAUUAUUUGUUCUAACACAGGCACACAUAUAAUUAUAUACAAUCAAUAUUUUUAACAAUCCAUUUAUAAUAGCAUGAGUGAUGUGAAAUUAUAUACAGUCAUGAACAUUGUAAGGAAAUGUACAAGUUUGCAUAGAACCAUAGAUAUUAGAGGACCUAGAAACUAAAAUGAAAUUGUGGGCGUGGCUAUGCUAAGUCUAAGAUUGCGCAUGCUCAGUAGAUCUAGAGCUGUGAAACCAUGUGCUCCAAGAAAAGAGAAGACGAUUACCCUUUCUAUAUGCUGGACAUUUGCUGCUAUAAAUCUGACUGUGAUGAUACUUCUGUGAGAGGUAUGACUGUGACUACACCAAGUGGAUGAUGAUACUUUUAGUUCUGUGAGAGGUAUGACUGUGACUACACCAAGUGGAUGAUGAUACUUCUGUGAGAGGUGAGGGACAAACAUAAAGUGUCUAGUUUUCUGAAAUUCCUUAAACUGGCAAGCUUGACAUGCGAGAACAAACGAAACAAACAGACGAAUGGAUAGAAGUGGCGUCAUUGUUGGAUAUCCUCUCGGUGAUUGAUAAUACACGGUGGACUCUGUGUGGUCAAGAGUGAUCGGUCUGCUAUACUUGUGAGUCCAGUAUGUUACACCAAGAAGAACUAUUCCUUGGGCUAAUUAAUUUAAAACUGUCCUUUUAAUUUAACAUUGUAUACCAUUGUCUCACUCAGUUGUUACGAACGUUUCCUAUCACUAUUUUUGUAUUAACAUGUUAUUUAUUGAAUUGAAUAAUAAUUGUUAUACCGAUUCA